AUGACCUACAGUGAACUUGUUCGAGAGUUAUGUUCGGAGAUGAAGGUGGAUAAAGAUAAAGUAGAGAUCAAGCUGAGCUAUUUACCAAAUAUAAAAGAAAACAGAAAGCCCACCUACCUAUGGAAUGACAGGCAUGUUCAUAUUUAUCUACUGGAUAAAAUAAAUGGAAUGCGAGGCAUGCUUUAUGUGGAGAUAGAUGAGGUACGGGUGAAAGGUGAAUGUGAACAAAAUGAUGAAGAACAACCUAUAAUUCCUACUGGUGAAAGUGGUGUUGGAGGUAGUAGGAAGCGAGAUGGGAUAGAUUAUGAUGAUUGUGUUAUGUUGAGCCCUAAUUUUAAGAGUAAAAUUGGGAGUAAUAAUGUGGCAGAGGUUAUACAUCUUUCUGACAGUGAACAUUCUAGUGGUCUUAGGGAUGUUAUAGUGACUGAAUGUGAUGGGGAUCGUGCUGAUGGUGGUGAUGAUUUGGCCAUUGAGAUAGUAGCAGACUCUCGGUUUUCGAAUUUUGUAUUCAGUUUCAGUGAUGGUUUAAAUAUCACAAUUGGCCAUGAGUUUGACAAUAAGGAAGCAGCACAAGAAUUUGUUCACAAGGGUGCAGCUAUGGGUCGUUUUCGUUACAGUACACUGAAGUCCGAUAAAAAGUUGUGGGAAAUAAGAUGCAAAUUUGUUGAAUCGGGCUGUAAUUGGAAGUUGCGGACGACAUUGAUUUUAAACUCGGAGCGUUGGAGUGUAAAAAAACACAAUCCCAUGCAUAGCUUUAAACCCGUAUCUGAAACAAGCGAAGCUUUGAGGGGUACAAAGAAAUUGGUUCGGGAUUAUUUGAAGGAAGAAUUUUCCGGUAAACUUGAUAGUACCCCUUCAGCCCAUGAAAUUGUAGACAGGGUAAAAGCCAAGUACGGUACAACCGUAACAUAUUUGACGGCAUUACGAGGCAAACACAAAGCUGAAAGUGCGAUUCGAGGUGAUCCUGCUGAGCAUUUCAGAAAGCUUCCUGGGUGGUUGCACAUGUUGCAAAAGAGAAAUCCCGGAACGAUUGUCGGUCUUGAGUUGGACAAAGAUGGCAAAAGUUUCAAAUAUCUCUUCUUCGCAUUGGGUGCAGCGGUAAGAGGAUGGAAUUACAUGCGUAAAGUGGUUGCAAUUGAUGCAACAUUUCUCACGGGACAAUAUAAAGGUACAUUGGUCGUUGCGACGACACAAGACGGUGACCACCACCUAUAUCCGUUAGCCUGGGGGGUUAUUGACAGAGAAAAAGAUGCAUCAUGGAGGUGGUUUAUGAAAAUGUUAAUAAAGGCAAUCUCAGAUGGACCUGAUGUUGUCGUGAUUUCUGAUCGACAUAGGAGUAUAAUAAAAACCGUCAGCGAAGUGUACAAAGAAGCAGGGCACGGAUUUUGUGCGAGACAUAUAGCACAAAAUUUGAAAGUCAAGGUUAACAAAGGCAUGGGAAGAAAAAGUUCGAGAGGUGAUACCGUUGCCGAACGGUUCUUCAAAUGCGCGGAAGCUUAUACGUUGAACGAAUUUGAAGACCUGUUUAAUGAUAUGAAGGACAGGUUUCCGGUGCUGGGCCUUCUGGAUAUGUGUGUCUCCAAGACCGUGGAAUGGUUCGAUAGAUAUAGAGUUGAAGCAGGAUGUGCCGAUGAUUCACAAAAAAUGACACCGCAUGUUGACAAAGUGCUCCAUGAGAGGUAUGAGACUGCAUGUACGUAUGAAGUCAUUGUGCUAAACACUGUUACAGAUGAGUUUGAAGUGAGGGGUGAAAAGGAUAGAAAACACUUUGUUAGCAUUGAAGAUGAGUUUGAAGUGAGGGGUGAAAAGGAUAGAAAACACUUUGUUAGCAUUGAAGGUAGAACUUGCAGUUCUAGGGUGUUUGAUAUCGAUAAGAUCCCAUGCAGCCAUGCAAUUGCAGCACUUCAUAAGGUUGGUAAAGCGAAUGUUAUACCAGACUUGUGUUCUCCAUACUAUACACGGGAGGCAUGGCGUCUUGUCUAUCAUGAAACCGUGUAUCCGGUCCCCGAUUGCUGUGAAUGGAUUAUCGAUGACCCGAAUGUUGCAAAUCUUGUGGUUAUGCCUCCUAUAAUGGAUGAGAAACGACAAUGUGGGAGGCCUAAACAAAAUCGGUAUCCUGGUCCUGGAGAAGCACGGAAGAGAAUCAAAUGUGUAGCGGAAACAUCAACAUCGGCAAUGUCAGAGAGAACAACUAUUUUGGAGUGA